UGGUUUUGUGCUUUUUGUAGUGAUGGCAUUCUAACCUCAUCGUACAUCGUAAUAUCGUAAACCUUCACAUAUGUGUUUAUUGAACAAAAAUUAUACUUGCUUCGUGUUUUUUGGUAACACUCUGAGAAUAAAAGAUGUCUGUUGUGAUAGAAACAACGUCUGGGAACAUAACAGUUGAUCUGUUUUUGAAUCACAGACCAAGAGCUUCCUAUAAUUUUUUGAAAUUGUGCAAGAAAAAAUAUUAUAACUACAAUCUGUUUCAUACAGUAAGUCGGGGUUUCAUGGCCCAAACUGGAGACCCCACUGGUUCACGGAGUGGAGGUGAAUCGCUAUUCGGAUUGUUAGAGGGCCCAUCAAAGCGGUUUUUUGAAGGCGAAAACGAACCAAGAAUAAAACACACCAAGAUGGGAUUGAUCUCUUUUGUGGGUAACGAGGAAAGAAUGAUUGGUUCACAGUUUUUUAUUACCUUAGGAGAAGAUUUAACAUAUCUAGACGAGAAGCAUUGUGUAUUUGGUGAAGUUGUAGAGGGGUUCGACGUCCUGGAAGUUAUAAAUGAAGCUAUAUGUGAUUCAGAUGAUAGGCCUUACAAGGAUAUUCGUAUUACUCAUACGGUGAUAUUGAAUGAUCCAUAUCCUGAUCCAAAGGCACUACAGGCCCCUUCUAGAUCACCUUCACCUAGUGCAGAACGACUCCAAGGUGGUAGAAUUGCUCCAGAUGAAUGUGUAGAUGAAACCGAGGGAAAAGACGUUCGUGAAAUUGCCGAAAUGCAAGCCGAACUUGAAGCCAAAGCCAGAGCAACUAUUUUGGAAAUAGUUGGUGAUCUGCCUGAUGCUGAAAUGGCGCCCCCUGAAAACGUUUUAUUCGUAUGCAAACUGAAUCCUGUUACUACAGACGAAGAUUUGGAAAUUAUUUUCAAUCGGUUUGGAAAAAUUAAAUCAUGUGAAGUUAUACGAGAUAGGAAGACUAAUGAUUCUCUUCAAUAUGCCUUUAUCGAGUUUGAAGACGAAAAAGCCUGUGAAGAUGCCUAUUUCAAAAUGGACAAUAUUUUGAUAGAUGACAGAAGAAUCCAUGUUGAUUUCAGUCAGAGUGUUUCUAAAGUCAAAUGGCAUGGGAAAGGCAGAGGCGUUACACAUUUUGAUGACAAAGGACGGAAAACCAGAGACAGUAAUAAGGGCAUUGGCAAGGGUGACUAUAAAGUUUCUUCUAAUGGAAGAAGUGAAAUAUCAAGAAAAGGUGAUGCUAUAAGCACCAAAGACCAUGUGAAUUACUUUGACAGAAAUAAAAGGAGAAAAUCUUAUUCAUUGUCGCCUUCUAGAACUAAUUAUAUGUCGGAACGAUUAGAAGACGUACGAGUAUCAAAAAACACGAAAAAGGAUAAUAUGACAGAGAAAUAUUCGCAACAUAAAAGCUCAAGAAGGGUAUCAAGAUCUCGUUCGAGGUCUCCAAGAAAGCAGCAUCAUAAUUCACCAUCACCUACCCGUAGAAAUGGUAGAGACAUGUCACCUAAGAGGAGAGAAAUGUCAAAAUCGUAUGGAAGAGAUCGAUCUCAUCGCUCUAGAAAUGAGGACUAUGGUAGAAAAAGAGAUCGAUCUAGAUCACCUAGGCAUAGUAGACCUAGCAGUACAUAUAUUAAAGAAACUAGAAAAAAAGAAAAAAGUUCUCAAUCAAGUCAUAAUCAUAAAUAUAGUAAGGCAGAAUAUACCUGCAAGUCACCCAAUUUAAAAAAUAGAGAUGAAAAAUCAAAAUCAGAAAAACAUCAGUCUUCAAAUGAUAAAGACAGAUAUAAAAGUAAAUCUGAAGAGAGCUCUCGUAGAAAAGAACAUGAUCCUUCUGAUGAAUCGGAGCCUGAAGACAGAAAUAAAAAGAUAUCGAAGAAAGAUGAAAAGGCAAGCCUUGCUAGAAAAAAGGCAAAUAAGUCAGAAAUAAAGUAUUCCAAACAAUCUAAGAGUAGGAAUAACAAAAAACAGAAAGAAAAAUACAAUCUUAAAAAAAACCCAAGUAAGAUUGAAGAUAAUAAUAGAAAAAGGAAAAGAAAACCAAAAGAAAGUAGUGACUCUAGUAGUUCCAGCGAUUCCAGCACUGACAGUUCUUCCAGUGAAUCCAGCAGUGACAGCUCUUCCAGUGAUUCUAGUGAUUCUAGCAGCGAAAGUGACUCUAGUGAUAGCGAAACUGAAAGAAGAAAGAAUAAGAAAAACAGAAAAAGGACCUCUUCAGACAGUAGUGAUAGUGACUAUAGUAGAAAAAAAUCUAAGAAGACAAAGAAGAAAUGACUAUUUCAAAGAAGUAAAUAUCACUAUUAAUAAUUGUUGACUUUUUAAUUCGUAAAUACAAAUAUUGUUACAUGUUUAUUUUCUAAUGUCAAUAAUUAAGUAUGUCUAGAUGAAAAAGCUAAAAAUCAAUAUAUAAAUAUUUUAUCAAGUAGAAGAAGGAGACAUUGUACAGUUGUAAAAAAUAACAACUGUAAAUCACAAGUGGACUAUAGAAGAUUCAAAUAAAUCAAAGAUUUUUUAGGAACCACAAAAUAUUUAUUGACUGAAUAUUUGACAUUAUUUCAUGAUUACAAGUUCAUGUGCCUCAUAUGAAUUAACAGCCUGAUGAGGUCAGUAUAAUCUAAUUCAAAAUAUACUUUAUUGACUGAAUAAAUGAUGACCUUAUUAACAAAG